AUGGAUGGAGGGAGGGAGGGACUGGGAAGAAAGGAUGAGGGAUUUUCUCCCAGUGAAUCUCUCAUCUUCAUCCCUCCAUAUAUGCUGGGCUGGGGAUGUUUGUCAGUUGGAAACAUGUUAUAUUUACCCUGCUUCCCUCUCUCCCCAGCAGAUAUCAGGAUGUCAAAACCAGCAGAGGAUGAGAAGCCUGGGGCAGACUUUCCAGGGGAGAGCACAGGUAACCAUUUUGAGACUGCAUUAUGUGUUGCUUUAAUAUCAGUUAUCAUCAUUGUGUGCCAUCAUUAGGCCUGUUUCAUUUAUAGGAAUGUUUGAAUGAAAGUAUGUUGUGUGUAUGUGUGCUUACAUCUGUCUGUGUUCUCAUAUUGAUUGGUAAGAGUGGGCUAAUCUGGUGUAUUGUUUUUGGAUGUGUUUACAUUUAAGUAAUUUAGCAGAUGCUCUUAUCCAGAGCAACUUACGGCAACAUUUAAGGUUAAGUGCACAUUGACAGAUUUUUCACCUAGUCUGCUCGGGGAUUCAAACCAGCGACCUUUCGGUUACAGGCCUAAUGCUCUUAACCGCUGUAGGCUACCUUGCCGCCCUAUGACACAAAACAUCCACAAUAACAGACCUCAAAUCUUCUACUUUGGUCACGUUUCUCACAUUUUCCGAAUAGAAAAUGAGAAUGUUUUAGUCAGCCUGUUUGAAUGACUUAUGCACGUGACACAAUACCUCCAUAUAGGUCACAGCUCAGAGUCAUAUCAUGACACACCUAUGUUUCUACUAGAUUUAGCUGACAACUAGGAUGUGGAAUGUUAGUAAUUUACAUUUGAAGUAACCUAUUUCAAGUUUGGCAACAGCCUGAGGCAUUUACAGUAGAUUAUUAGAAUUCCAUCUUUCACUUUUUAUUUUCUCUUCUCUGUCUUUCUUACCCUCUUUUUAUCUUACAGACUCCGAGAGGAACAGUCCCGAUGCAAAUGAUCAGGUUUGUCAUCUCAAUUUAAUUUAAUUGAAUGUAAAAUUUAGUUUGUUGUUUUAUUUAUUGUUAUUUGUUUUUUAUAUAUUCUUGUUGUUUGCUCUAAGGUUGUAAUAAGAUUAUUUGAAUAAGUGUAUACAGUAGAACCUCAAAGAUACAAACCUCAGAGUUAGGCACCAACCGGUCAUCGAACGGGCAAAAUUAAACCGGGACAUGUAGGCCUACUAAAUGCAAAAAAACUUCUGUAGGCUACAGACAAACAUAAAUGCUGGGUAGAUUUGCUAAAAACAUAUCAGAUAUUUACAGUAUCUGGCUAAAUUAUUAGAAAAGAUAUGCAAUCAACAUUUUCUAUAAAGGUUUGAUGCUGUCUUUAAGUUAAUUUCAAAGUGUUACAGACAUUUCUGUGUUCAGGACCACCUCCAUUCCUAAAAAUUGUCCUAUCUCUAAGGUCCUACUGUAAUACUUUUUUUUGGAUAGGUUUGAAUUAAGGUAAAAAUGAAAAUGAUUAGGAGACACGUGGAUUCAAUUGAUGAGUUCUAUCAAGGUAUUCUAUCAACCUGGAAUGGCAACAGUGUUUAUGGCUUUGCACAUUAAUAGAUUUAAAGAUCUGUGUCUGAAUGGGUUUUUUGUUGCCUUUCGUCUCCUCACAGGUUCAGCCAAUGAAAACGAGUCCCUUCAGUCUUUCUUCUACCUUGAGCAGCACCAAGGUGAGUGAAUUAGUGCACUCACAUGCGAGAGAGAGAGAUAAAGAUGGUGUGUGUUUGUGUGUGUGAGUGGCUUAUCUAUUUAGUCCCUACAGACAUGCCUCAGGUGGUACUGCAUUGACAUUGGCCAAUAUGCAAAUUAGGAUGUUUGGGCCAUUACGAAUGCUGACAUGCCCAUCAACUCCUGACAACUAGAGAGUAGGAACGAGCACAACUCACUUUAUAAAGACAUGCUGCAGAAGAGGAGGAAAAACCUUUUGCUUUCUCUUAAGAGAGACAGACUAUAGACAUUGAUAUAUAGAAAUGAAGGGAGAUCGAGGAAAAAAAGAGUGUUAUGGGUAGAUGGAUGGAUAGGAGCUUCCUCAGGUCAGAAAUCAUCAGCCAACUUGGAAUAUUCUAAAAUUAUAUACACAACAGAGCUCAACAUUUUAUGCAUGGUAAUAUAUUUUGUACUAUAUGUUGUGGGCCCCCAUUAGGGCCUAAAAUGGUGAUCAAAUUCAUAUAUGGUUGAUUUUGCAAAUACCGCACUUUCAGAUGUGAAAUGUUUUUGAAAAUGAAACCUCUUAUAACUGCUUUUUAUCUAUCUGAAUAUUUUCUUCACUCUGUCUGGAAACAAGAUCUAAUAGUGGCUGAAACCAUACUAUUUAAGAAUAUAAAGAUUUUUAUCGGUUUCCCCAAAUACCCGAGGGGAAAUGUCAUUACCACCACGUCAUAAAAUUUGCUAUUUUAGUUUAAAAGGAAAUUACAGAAAUUGUGCCUAAGGUGUUUUAUAUAACAUUUCACAUGAAUUGUUUUAUUUAUUUAUUAUAUGUAUUCAUCAUUGUCAUGUCUAAAUGUCCAUAUAUGCCUUGAUGAUACUCAGAAACAUGUAUUUAUUUACCACGUCAAAAUCUUUAUAUUUUACAUUAUUUUAGGAAUUAUCUUAAGAACAAGCAUAUAAGAUUCACAUAUGGGAAAAAUCAUCACUUUCAAUUGUAAUUUAUUACACCUUUUCCUCACAAAUAUGUACCGUGAUGGUAAUUUUACAUUUUAGUCAUUUAGCAGACCCUCUUAUCCAGAGCGACUUACAGUUAAUAAUAAUAAUAAUAUGCCAUUUAGCAGACGCUUUUAUCCAAAGCGACUUACAGUCAUGCGUGCAUACAUUUUUGUGUAUGGGUGGUCCCGGGGUUCGAACCCACUACCUUGGCGUUACAAGCGCCGUGCUCUACCAGCUGAGCUACAGAGGACUCAGUUAGUGAGUGCAUACAUUUUAUUUUUUCAUACUGACUUAGCUUGUGGUAAUGACAGCGUGUGGUGGAAAUGACAUUUCAGAUAAAACAACUGAUGAAAAAUACCAUUAAACAUUUGAAUGUCACAGUUGUACAUGUUUAAUUUGAUUGAAGAUAUAGAACAGACCAUUCGUUCCAAUUCAUCCCAAAGGUGUUCGAUGGGGUUGAGGUCAGGGCUCUGUGCAGGCCAGUCAAGUUCUUCGACACCGAUCUCAACAAACCAUUUCUGUAUGGAUCUCGCUUUGUGCACGGGAGCAUUGUCAUGCUGAAACAGGAAAGGGCCUUCCCCAAAACUGUUGCCACAAAGUUGGAAGCACAGAAUCGUCUAGAAUGCCAUUGUAUGCUGUAGUGUUAAGAUUUCCCUUCACUGGAACUAAGGGGCCUAGCCUGAACCAUGAAAAACAGCACCAGACCAUUAUUCGUCCUCCACCAAACUUUACAGUUGGCACUCUGCAUUGGGGCAUCCGCCAAACCCAGAUUUCUUUCAUUGGACUGCCAGAUGGUGAAGCGUGAUUGAUCACUCCAGAGAACGCGUUUCCACUGCUCCAGAGUCCAAUGACGGCUACCUUUACACCACUCCAGCCGACGCUUUGCAUUGCGCAUGGUGAUCUUAUGCUUGUGUGCGGCUACUCGGCCAUGGAAACCCAUUUCAUGAAGCUCCCGACAAACAGUUAUUUUGCUGACGUUGCUUCCAGAAGCAGUUUGGAACACGGUAGUGAGUGUUACAACCGAGGACAGACGAGCUUCAGCACUCAGCGGUCUCGUUCUGUGAGCUUGUGUGGCUUACCACUUCACAGCUGAGCCGUUGUUGCUCCUAGACCUUUCAACUUCACAAUAACAGCACUUAAAGUUGACCGGGGCAGCUCUAGCAGGGCAGAAAUUUGACGAGCUGACUUGUUGGAAAGGUGGCAUCCUAUGACGGUGCCACGUUGAAAGUCACUGAGCUCUUCAGUACAGGCCAAUUCUACUGUCAGUGUUUGUCUAUAGAGAUUGCAUGGCUGUGUGCUUGAUUUUAUACACCUUUUAGCAACUCGUGUGGAAGAAAUUGCCAAAUCCACUAAUUUGAAGGAGUGUCCACAUACUUUGUAUAUAUAGUGUAUGUGCUUGUCCUCUCCUUGGUUGAUUUAGGGGGAUCUUAUAGUCAGUAAUAACCAUAGUAAGUCACAUAAAUAGACAUCAAAAUCACUCAAUUAUCCUAACAUAAUACAAAAUGUAAUGGUCUUAUUUAGCAAAUAAGUGUUGAAUUUCAACUUAACCAUGAUCACAUAUGUAAUUUGUGUCUGUUUUCAGGUCUUAAGGUUAGUAAAAAUUGAUGAACUAAUACAUUUUGUCAUUACCACCACAUUCUGUCCAUACUAUCACAGUUCAUUAUGUGGUGGUAAUGACGUGUGGUGGGAAUGACACUUUUACCAUAUUUGGUCAUAAAUAGCAGGGAUUCUAGCAUGCUAACUCCAGUUGAACAGCUAGCAUACAGUGUAUCCUAAAUACACAUAAUUAAAACAUAAUUUCAAAAAUCAAACAUAAUUUGAUGAAAUUAUAGCCUAUUUGGUAAUGACGUACAAUACAAAUAUUUACCUUUAUUUUUCUAUUAUUUCCCGGCAUCAAAAUUAGAAUUUCCCUCCAUGACAUCCAUGUGCUCCACUGUCACUUCAUAUCCAUGGUAACCAAGUACACAAACCUUUUUUUAUUUUGUAUUAUCAUGUAAUUUGCUUGUCGUGGUGGUAAUGACAGACUACUUAGACACGACUGUAUUUUGUGUAAAAAAAAAGUAACAAAUGGCUUAUGCACAGCUAAUGUGGUCCUCUGUAGCUCAAUUGGUAGAGCAUGGCGCUUGUAACGCCAGAGUAGUGGGUUCGAUCCCCGGGACCACCAAUACGUAAAAAUGUAUGCACACAUGACUGUAAGUCGCUUUGGAUAAAAGCGUCUGCUAAAUGGCAUAUUAUUAUUAUAUUAAUAUGUAUAUAGUUUCCAUUUAUUUGACAAUUUUUUUAAAACAGGUGCAUUAAAUAUUUUCGAAUUAUCAAGACUUUUGUAAGUGUAAUACAUAGCAGAAUGUAAAAAGUCUGGGUUUGAGGCAGGACAAAAACUGUGUAAAACAGUAAAAUCCAGACAUGAAAUAUUGAAAGCUGAAAAAUAAGUUUACGGUUAUUUUAGUCUCUACUGAAUGGAUGUGAAAUUAAAACAUCUAAAUUAGCAUUUUAUCUUAAAAAUCUAACCCUGAGACACAAAAAGGCCCGUAUUUGCAAAAUCACCCAUAUAUACAGUGACUUCGUAAAGUAUUCAAACCCCUUAACUUUUUCCACAUUUUGUUACGUUACAGCCAUAUUCUAAAAUGGAUUUAAAAAAUAAUAAUAAUCAGCAAUCUACACACCAUACCCCAUAAUGACAAAGCAAAAAAAAAAUUGUGUUGUUGUUUUUAAAAAACAUUUUUGCUAAUUUAUUAAAAAUUAAAAACAGAAAUACCUUAUUUACAUAAGUAUUAAGACCCUUUGCUAUGAGACAAAAUUGAGCUCAGGUGCAUCCUGUUUCCAUUGAUCAUCCUUGAGAUGUUUCUUCAACUUGAUUUGAGUCCACCUGUGGUAAAUUCCAUUGAUUGGACAUGAUUUGGAAAGGCACACACCUGUCUAUAUAAGGUCCCACAGUUGACAUUGCAUGUCAGAGCAAAAACCAAGCUAUGAGGUCAAAGGAAUUGUCCGUAGAACUCCGAGACAGGAUUGUGUCGAGGCACAGAUCUGGGAAAGGGUACCAAAACAUUUCUGCAGCAUUGAAGGUCCCCAAGAACACAGUGGCCUCCAUCAUUCUUGAAUGGAAAAAGUUUGGAACCACAAACACUCUUCCUAGAGCCUGGCCGCCUGGCGAAACUGAGCAAUCGGGGGAGAAGGGCCUUGGUCAGUUAGGUGACCAAGAACCCAAUGGUCACUCUGACAGCGCUCUAGAGCUCCUAUGUGGAGAUGGGAGAAUCUUCCAGAAGGACAACCAUCUCUGCAGCACUCCACCAAUCAGGCCUUUAUGGUAGAGUGGCCAGACAGAAGCCACUCCUCAGUAAAAGGCACAUGACAGCCCGCUUGGAGUUUGACAAAAGGCACCUAAACGACUCUCAGACCAUGAGAAACAAGAUUAUCUGGUCUGAUGAAACCAAGAUUGAACUCUUUGGCCUGAAUGCCAAGCGUCAUGUCUGGAGGAAACCUGGCACCAUCCCUACGGUGAAGCAUGGUGGUGGCAGCAUCAUGCUGUGGGGAUGUUUUUCAGCUGCAGGGACUGGGAGACUAGUCAGGAUCGAGGCAAAGAUGAACGGAGCAACGUACAGAGAGAUCCUUGAUGAAAACCUGCUCCAGAGCGCUCAGGACCUCAGACUGGGGGCGAAGGUUCACAUUCCAACAGGACAACGACCCUAAGCACACAGCCAAGGCAACGCAGGAGUGGCUUCGGGACAAGUCUCUGAAUGUCCUUGAGUGGCCCAGCGAGAGCCCGGACUUGAACCCGAUCGAACAUCUCUGGAGAGACCUGGAAAUUGCUGUGCAGCAAUGUUCCCCAUCCAACAUGACAGAGCUUGAGAGGAUCUGCAAAGAAGAAUGGGAGAAACUCCCCAAAUACAGGUGUGCCAAGCUUGUAAAGUCAUACCCAAGAAGACUCCAGGCUGUAAUCGCUGCCAAAGGUGCUUCAACAAAGGACUGAGUAAAUGGUCUGAAUACUUAUGUAAAUGUCAUAUUUCCGUUUUUUAUUUGUAAUACAUUUGCUAAAAUUUCUUAACCUAUUUUUGCUUUGUCAUUAUGGGAUAUUGUGUGUAGAUUGAGGGGGGAAAAAACAAUUUAAUCAAUUUUAGAAUAAGGCUGUAACAUAACAAAAUGUGGAAAAAGUCAAGGGGUCUGAAUACUUUCUGAAGACAGUACCAGUCAAAAGUUUGGACACACAUACUCUUUCAAGGGUUUUUCUUUAUUUUUACUAUUUUCUACAUUGUAGAAUAAUAGUGAAGACAUCAAAACUAUGAAAUAACACAUAUAGAAUCAUGACAUCAAAACUAUGAAAUAACACAUCAAUCAUGUAGUAACCAAAAAAGUGUUAAUCAAAUCAAAAUAUAUUUUAGAUUCUUCAAAGUAGCCACCCUUUGCCUUGAUGACAGCUUUGCACACUCUUGGCAUUCUCUCAACCAGCUUCAUGAGUUAGUCACCUGGAAUGCUUUUCCAACAGUCUUGAGUUCGCACAUAUGCUGAGCACUUGUUGGCUGCUUUUCCUUCACUCUGCGGUCCAACUCAUCCCAAACCAUCUCAAUUGGGUUGAGGUCUGGUGAUUGUGGAGGCCAGGUCAUCUGAUGCAGCAUUCCAUCACUCUCCUUCUUGGUCAAAUAGCCCUUACACAGCCUGGAUGUGUGUUUUGGGUCAUUGUCCUGUUGAAAAACAAAUGAUAGUCCCACUAAGUGCAAACCAGAUGGGAUGGCGUAUCGCUGCAGAAUGCUGUGGUAGCCAUGCUGGUUAAGUGUGCCUUGAAUUCUAAAUAAAUCAUAGACAGUGUCACCAGCAAAGCACCCCCACACCAUCAUAACUCCUCCUCCAUGCUUCACGGUGGGAACCACAUAUGCGGAGAUCAUCCGUUCACCUACUCUGCGUCUCACAUAGACACGGAUGUUGGAACCAAAAAUAUCAAAUUUGGACUCAUCAGACCAAAGGACAGAUUUCCACCCGUCUAAUUUGUAAGUCGCUCUGGAUAAGAGUGUCUGCUAAAUGACUUAAAUGUAAAUGUAAUGUCCAUUGCUCGUGUUUCUUGGCCCAAGCAAGUCUCUUCUUAUUAUUGGUGUCCUUUAGUAGUGGUUUCUUUGCAGCAAUUUGACCAUGAAGGCCUGAUUCACGCAGUGUCCUCUGAACAGUUGAUGUUUAGAUGUGCCUGUUACUUGAACUCUGUGAAGCAUUUAUUUGGGCUGCAAUCUGAGGUGCAGUUAACUCUAAUGAACUUAUCCUCUGCAGCAAAGCGAACUCUGGGUCUUCCUUUCCUGUGAGAGCCAGUUUCAUCAUAGCGCUUGAUGGUUUUUGCGACUGCACUUGAUUAAACUUUCAAAGUUCUUGAAAUGUUCCGUAUUGACUGACCUUAAUGUCUUAAAGUAAUGAUGGACUGUCGUUUCUCUUUGUUUAUUUGAGCUGUUCUUGCCAUAAUAUGGACUUGGUCUUUUACCAAAUAGGGCUAUCUUCUGUAUACCACCCCUACCUUGUCACAACACAACUGAUUGGCUCAAAAGCAUUAAGAAGGAAAGAAAUUCCACAAAUGAACUUUUAACAAGACACACCUGUUAAUUGAAAUGCAUUCCAGGUGACUACCUCAUGAAGCUGGUUGAGAGAAUGCCAAUAGUGUGCAAAGCUGUCAUCAAGGCAAAGGGUGGCUACUUUGAAGAAUCUCAAAUAUAAAAUAUAUUUGUUUUGUUUAACACUUUUUUGGUUACUACAUGAUUCCAUAUGUGUUAUAUUAUAGUUUUGAUGUCUUCACUAUUAUUCUACAAUGUAGAAAAUAGUACAAAUAAAGAAAAACCCUUGAAUUAGUAAGUGUGUCCAAAAUUUUGACUGGUACUGUAUAUACAGUAAAUUCAUUAUAAUGAUGUUGUGAAGUUAAAAGGGUUAAGACUCGUUUACUGACAAGAGCAGGAGACUUGAAAAAUAUCUGUUGACAUAUUUUUAUUUAUUGCAGAUUCCAUUUUUUACUUUAACUUCUUUAUUAAAAAUUACUCUUUAUUUCAUUGUAUAGUAUUGUGUGACUGGUGAUACAGUAUGCAUAGAAAAUCAGUUAUGUAUGUAAUUCAGUAAAAAAUAGUGGAAGUUGCUAAUUGUCUAUGUCUUGAAUUUUGGCUGUGUGGUUCAUACGGUAUAUAGAUGAUACUCUAAUAUUAAUACAUUUUUAUCUAAUAAACCACCCUAAUCCUUAGUUUUAGGCAAAAAAUAUGUUUUUGCUCCAAUCAAGUUAUUUCUGGACCAUAUUUCUGUCCAUUUAAGGGACCCAUUUUGGCAACUAGACUGAGGCCUGUGUACCAGAUGCCAAACAAACAUGUAUUUUCAUGAUUACUCUUUUGCAUGUAUUUACCUGUUGAGUUUUCACCCUAUUCAAUGUUUAGAUAUUAUUCCUCCUGCAGAGUAAAAGUGAGGCUGGCCCUGAGAUGACCUCCACCCAUGUGCCGCUUCCCUCCCAGCAGCAGACACCUCACCCUCACACACAACUCAUGUUGGCAGGGAGUCAGCUUGCUGGGGUAAGCACUGGCACAGACACACUAGCUGAAUGUACACACUUAGAAAAAAGGGUUCCAAAAGGGUUCUUCAGCUGUCCCCAUAGGAGAACCCUUUUUGGUUCCAGGCAGAACCAUUUUUGGUUCCAGGUAGAACCCUUUUGGGAUUCAUGUAGAACCCUCUGUAGAAAGGGUUCUACAUGAAACCCAAAAUGGUUCUACCUGGAACCAAAACGUGUUCUUCAAAGGGUUCUCCUAUGGAGAUAGCCGAAGAACCAUUUAAAGUUCUAGAUAGCAAAACAUUUUCUAAGAGUGUAGUGUGUAGGUGGUUAGGGUAGGCUUCUUCUGCUUCGCCCUUGCUCUUGCUUGCAUCUUACCAAGGUUGGGGCGAAUUCCAUUUCAACUCAAUUCUGUCGAUUCAGGAAGUAAACAAAAAUUCAAAUUUUCCUCAUUCCUGAAUUGACUGAAUUAAAAUGGAAUUGAUCCCACCCCUGCCUCUUACUGCCUGCUCAAAUGCUGGCUGACACUAUUCUCUACCUCUUUUGCUUUUUCCCCCUUCUCUCUUUGGGCAAACCCUACCCUUUCCUCCACCUCUUCCCCCUCUUCCUCCUCUGCCUCAGCUGGCUGCCCUCUUGCCUGCACAGCAGCAGCUGUUGCUUCAACAGGCCCAGGCUCAGCUCCUGGCCGCCGCCGUGCAGCAGUCCAACGCGGCUCACGCUGCUCAUGCCGCCCACGCAGCCGCCCAAGCCAAUCAGCAGCAGCAGCAGCAGCAACAACAACAGCAGCAGCAGCAGCAGUUGACCAAACAGGAGCAAACCCCGCCCCAGCUCACCCUCUCUCAGCCUAUCCAGCUCACCGCCCAGGUAGGAGCGGUCAGUCACGGAUCAGAUAUGACCAGCUUUAAGCCAAUCUAACUCACUGACCAACACUCGUCUAUGUCAGAAGUGUUUCUCUAUAUACUCUUGGGUGAUGUUACUUUAAAGGCUGGGGCUGUGCACAUUUUGGUUCUUUGCUCAUUUCUUUGCAUUAUAUUUCCUCCAAGGGUGUGUGUGUAUGUUGCUCUGUUCAGAAAUCAUACAUGACUUGUUGACAUCUCUCUCUUGCUCCCCCUCUCUGUUCCUCCUGUAGGAUAUCCAGCAGCUGCUGCAGCUGCAGCAGUUAGUCCUGAUGCCCGGCCACCACCUGCAGUCUCCUCAGUUCCUCCUGCCUCAGGCCCAGGGACAACAGGGGCAGCAGGGUAAGUGGGACCUACUAAGUAAGUGGGAACCACCAUCAACACUGUGACUUACUCUUUGCACAAAAUAUCAUGUAUAACUUGGCAUUACUGCUUAGUUCUAAAACAAGUUAUAAUAAAGUUGUUAGAAUACAGUUAAAAUACAAUAAAAUAAUGUUCAUAUAAUUACAAUAUUUUAUAGUGUUAAUAGUGUAUUAACUGCUUCUCCGUUGUCUUCCACAGGUUUGCUCUCGACACCUAAUUUAAUUUCACUACCUCAGCAUCAGCAAAGCCAGGGCGGUAUUCUAACCACUCCACCCAGGCAAGGACUGCAAGCACAGGUACAGUAUUAUUGAAAACCACCUCAAAUAUGUGUGUGUGUUGAGACUACACUUUAUAACAUACCGUACCACAUACUUGUAAGUACAGUAGGGAUUGGCCUCUACAAGCAGAAAUCAAAGAGCUCUGUUGAAUCAGUGCUGGUGCAUUGAUCCAAACACUGAUCUAAUCAAAACCAAACCAGUAACCCAGAGAGUGUGCUUGAAUUGAGAUCCAGUUUUAGCAUUGGUAAGCUAAUUCAAAUACAGUGGGGGAAAAAAGUAUUUAGUCAGCCACCAAUUGUGCAAGUUCUCCCACUUAAAAAGAUGAGAGAGGCCUGUAAUUUUCAUCAUAGGUACACGUCAACUAUGACAGACAAAUUGAGAGAAAAAUUCCAGAAAAUCACAUUGUAGGAUUUUUUAUGAAUUUAUUUGCAAAUUAAGCCUACAAACAAGCAAUAUUUCUGGCUCUCACAGACCUGUAACUUCUUCUUUAAGAGGCUCCUCUGUCCUCCACUCGUUACCUGUAUUAAUGGCACCUGUUUGAACUUGUUAUCAGUAUAAAAGACACCUGUCCACAACCUCAAACAGUCACACUCCAAACUCCACUAUGGCCAAGACCAAAGAGCUGUCAAAGGACACCAGAAACAAAAUUGUAGACCUGCACCAGGCUGGGAAGACUGAAUCUGCAAUAGGUAAGCAGCUUGGUUUGAAGAAAUCAACUGUGGGAGCAAUUAUUAGGAAAUGGAAGACAUACAAGACCACUGAUAAUCUCCCUCGAUCUGGGGCUCCACACAAGAUCUCACCCCGUGGGGUCAAAAUGAUCACAAGAACGGUGAGCAAAAAUCCCAGAACCACACGGGGGGACCUAGUGAAUGACCUGCAGAGAGCUGGGACCAAAGUAACAAAGCCUACCAUCAGUAACACACUACGCCGCCAGGGACUCAAAUCCUGCAGUGCCAGACGUGUCCCCCUGCUUAAGCCAGUACAUGUCCAGGCCCCUCUGAAGUUUGCUAGAGUGCAUUUGGAUGAUCCAGAAGAGGAUUGGGAGAAUGUCAUAUGGUCAGAUGAAACCAAAAUAGAACAUUUUGGUAAAAACUCAACUCGUCGUGUUUGGAGGACAAAGAAUGCUAAGUUGCAUCCAAAGAACACCAUACCUACUGUGAAGCAUGGGGGUGGAAACAUCAUGCCUUGGGGCUGUUUUUCUGCAAAGGGACCAGGACGACUGAUACGUGUAAAGGAAAGAAUGAAUGGGGCCAUGUGUCGUGAGAUUUUGAGUGAAAACCUCCUUCCAUCAGCAAGGGCAUUGAAGAUUAAACGUGGCUGGGUCUUUCAGCAUGACAAUGAUCCCAAACACACCGCCCGGGCAACGAAGGAGUGGCUUCGUAAGAAGCAUUUCAAGGUCCUGGAGUGGCCUAGCCAGUCUCCAGAUCUCAACCCCAUAGAAAAUCUUUGGAGGGAGUUGAAAGUCCGUGUUGCCCAGCGACAGCCCCAAAACAUCACUGCUCUAGAGGAGAUCUGCAUGGAGGAAUGGGCCAAAAUACCAGCAACAGUGUGUGAAAACCUUGUGAAGACUUACAGAAAACGUUUGACCUGUGUCAUUGCCAACAAAGGGUAUAUAACAAAGUAUUGAGAAACUUUUGUUAUUGACCAAAUACUUAUUUUCCAACAUAAUUUGCAAAUAAAUUCAUAAAAAAUCCUACAAUGUGAUUUUCUGGAUUUUUUCUUCUCAUUUUGUCUGUCAUAGUUGACGUGUACCUAUGAUGAAAAUUACAGGCCACUCUCAUCUUUUUAAGUGGGAGAACUUGCACAAUUGGUGGCUGACUAAAUACUUUUUUCCCCCAUUGCUUUUUGUUGAUGGAUGAAUGUCUUACCUGAAGUCAAGAAACCAUCCAUAGCCAUUUAUAGCCAUAGCUGUUCUCUUAUACAAUAAAAUGUUGUACGAAUGCAUCUUCACAACCUCGCCAUAGUUCUUUCAUCAACCUUCAAAAGCAGCUAAUGUCAGUGUGCCAGCCACCCCUCGCCAUUCCACAGGAAUGAUAUAGGUUUAUGUCUCAUGUACUGUAGUGUCGUCAUGGUGACGGCCUCUCGUCGUUACAGAGGGACAAGAGCGGCGACGGCGGCGUGUCCUCCGGGGCCUCAGCCGCCCCCAUGACUUCGGUGACCUCUGGCCCGCAUGGCGAGGAGCCCAGUGACCUGGAGGAGCUGGAGCAGUUCGCCCGCACCUUCAAACAGAGACGUAUCAAACUGGGGUUCACACAGGUACGUUUGUGUGUGUGUGCGUGUGUGUGUGUGUGUGUGUGUGUGUGAGAUGUGGUCAAGAGGAGCGUGAGCAAUUUGAGGCCUGAAUGAAGAUGACUGUUUAACACUAAUUAUCUCUCCCCCCAGGGUGACGUUGGCAUGGCGAUGGGGAAACUGUAUGGGAAUGACUUCAGCCAGACCACAAUCUCUCGCUUCGAGGCCCUCAACCUGAGCUUUAAGAAUAUGUGCAAGCUCAAGCCUCUGCUUGAGAAGUGGCUAAACGAUGCAGAGACCAUGGCCAUAGACAGCAUGCUUCCCAGCCCCAGCUCUCUCUCCUCCCCCAUGAUGGGGUUUGAGGGCAUGACGGGGCGCCGCAGGAAGAAACGCACCAGCAUUGAGACCAACGUCCGCGUGGCCUUAGAGCGCAACUUCAUCUCGGUGAGAAAGAGAGAGGUCCCACACCAGACCACUGGGGAACCAACUCAAAUCACAUACUGCUCCCUACCCUGCACUCGCAGUAGAGUACAUACAUUUUUUUUUUGUCAUUUUAGCAGACGCUCUUAUCCAGAGCGACAUACAGUUAGUGAGUGUAUACAUUUUUCAUACUGGCCCCCGUGGGAAUCAAACCCACAACCCUGGCGUUGCAAGCGCCAUGCUCUACCAAUUGAGCUACAGGAGGCCUACAUAAACAAACGACUCUGUCCACAACAGUUUAUUGAAGUUUAUUUCACUUUUUUAUGAACACUUCAUUAUCUAAAUACUGCUGUUGAAAGUAACAUUGACAACAUGUCAGAUUUAUGCGGUAUAAAAUGUUUGUGGCCUGUGACAACAUGUUUGACCAUGAUUUCUGACCGUGUUCCCUUCAGAACCAGAAGCCUAACUCAGAGGAGAUCCUCCUGAUGGGCAGGCAGCUCAACAUGGAGAAGGAGGUGAUCCGGGUCUGGUUCUGCAACCGGCGCCAGAAAGAGAAACGUAUCAACCCCUGCAGCGCCACCCCUCCCCUGCCCAGCCAGCCCCCCUCUGUGAUGCACAAACCCCCCUGCUACAGCCCGCACAUGGUAUGACCCCACACUCACCCCACCCUCCCCACCAACCCUCACCAUGCAUGUCAUUGGCAGGCCUUUGGUCCUUUGCCUCCCUGUUCCUUAGUUUGGAAACAAACUGUCUAAAUACAAGUCAUCAUGAGAGGAAUAUAUAUUUGACUCUCUGUAUCUAUGGACAUGCCCCCUCCCUCUGCAUGACCCUAUGUGUGACCCUGUGACCUAACCCCUCCUGCACUGCUCCACUCUCAGCGCCGUGCAAAUGACUCCACUGUUGUAUGAGGUGUGAUAUGUUACACACCAACCCCACACGUCAUCAGUUACACCACGAGAGCAUGUUUCUUCUGUCUCUCUCCUGCUCACAACCUCUCCACCUCUCUCUCGCUUUCUCUCUCUCGCUUUCUCUCUCGCUUUCUCUCUCGCUUUCUUUCUUUCUUUCUUUCUUUCUUUCUUUCUUUCUUUCUUUCUUUCUUUCUUUCUUUCUUUCUUUCUUUCUUUCUUUCUUUCUUUCUUUCUUUCUUUCUGUUCCUCUCCCUCCAGAUGUCUAGUCAGGGGCUGCACCAGGCUGCCACCAGCCUCAGCACAACAGGUGAGGAAAAUGAUUUUUGUAUACAUUUGUGUUUUUGUGAAGCUAGGCCACAAGUGCCAGAGGUCUAAAUUCCCUUUAGUGGACUAAGACAUAGAGACGAGUGCAGAUGGUUCUCAAACCCAGUACCAUGGGCAUUGGGACAACCUAUCAAUGUCACAGUAGGCUGCUGAGGGGAACGGCUCAUAAUAAUGGAAACCAUGUGUUUGAUGUAUUUGAUACCAUUCCACUGAUUCCGCUCCAGUCAUUACCACGAGCCCGUUCUCCCCAAUUAAGGUACCACCAACUUCCUGUAAUCAAUGUAACCAAAUGUACUGUAUACCAUUCAUAUUACUGAUGGUUCUCUCUCUCUUUCUCAGUGACCAGUCCAUCGCCCUCGGCGACCUGCCCUCUGACCCCCAGUGGCUCUGCAACUACGAGCUCCGCCCCCUCCUCUGUGACUCCGCCUCCACACAGCACAGCCAGCCCCGCCCCUCCCACCCUCAGUGCCCACAGCCUGAACGCUGGGUGAGUGUCCUCUCUCUCUCUCUCUCUCUCUCUCUCUCUCUCUCUGUCUCUCUCCUCUUAACUCUCAACUACUACUCUACACUUACUCAAUCUAACACUGAACAAUCCCUCAUACUCAACAAAUACACUUUGAUAGUAGAUGCUGGGUUAGUGUCCCCUAAUUAUAUAAUUCAAAUUCUGUGAUCUCCUCUAUCCUCUCUCUGUCCCUUGCACAGUCAACGAGUACUGCACAUAUGCUCAAUCUAACACUGACUCCGAACACUGAAUCCUCAACACACUUUUCUGUGUUUCACCACUUUGCCAGGUUGUCAUUUCAAAUGAGAAUCAUUUCUCAAUUGACCUACCUAGUUAGAUUCAGGUUGAAUAGAUUGAUAAAAUAAACACCAACAUGCACGCAAUGACAAUCAGCUACAGUACCUAGUGUAACUGACAUUCUGAGACUUAAGCAUUUCGCUGCACCACAAGCAUUUCGCUGCAUUCGCUAUAACAUCUGCUAAACUGUGUAUGCGAACAAUAAACUGGAUGUGGUGAUAUUUACUGACUUGCUGGGAAUUCAUGGUACGGGACUACAUGUGGUAUGUCAAGUCACCCCACCUGUUUUGCAGCAAAUCUGCAAGUUCUCACACAUAUGAAGAAACAUGCAGAUAUGUCUGCAGGCAUAGACGUGCUAGUCAACACAGACUCAGAACCAGGCCAAUGCAUACAUUCAAAACAUGUUGUGUUUCCAUAUCAGACAAAGAUUAGGUCAUUUGAUUAAUGAGCUUUCACUUAACCCUCUUGGUCCUUUCACUAUCUCUGCAUAUGUGUGUGUUUGAAUGUGUGUGUGUUUGAAUGUGUGUACGUGCACAUGGAUGAAUAUGGAUCCAUACAUAUUCUAGGAACACAAUGAUGGGAGUAAGCACAGGGAUGAACCAGGCUCUCAUCAGCAGCAAUCCCCUGGCCACAAUGCAAGGUGUGUUAGUCUGACAAAAGUGUGUAUCGAGAUUUUAGAUUGGUAUUCUGACUUGUAAUAAGCACGCGCAAUUCUGACUCUAGCAUAAAUCAUACAUUGAUGACAAUAGGAGAAAAUGUUGAGUUAACCGUGCAGAUCUCAAGUCAGAAAGGAAGAUGUGCCUCAAUUUGCUAUCAUUUCAACAUUUCAAAUAAAUUGAAAUUGCAUGUCUUCACACCAUCCCAUCCAUACCACCACCAAGUAGAUCAUGUGAGUGCCGUGUGUGUCUUUGCGUCUGUGCCAAGUGUGAGUUAGCUUUCCUGCAAGCUCUGACUGACUAAGCUCUCCUUGCUUUAGUCACACUACUUUCUCUCAUCUGUUGCAAUAUCUCACCUUCGUCAUCACCAUCCUUCAUCUCACCAUGUCAUCAGUUACAGUGUCACCCAAAUCGAUGCCCAUGUACCAAAUCGAUGCCCAUGUAUCUCUGGUAGGUGUAUUAACUUAUAUUCUUUCUCCUCUACCUUUCUCUUUCCCCAUAAAUCCUCCAACCUGCAUCUUUCACCCCGUCCCCUGUAACUCUAUCAUGGCUCAGCUCUGGCUGCCAGUGGUGGGCAGCUGCCCAUUUCCAGUCUUGAGGCUGGAGGUCAGAUGAUCCUAGGCGGGGCUGGGGUUCGCCCCUCCCUAUUCCUAAACCGCCACACCCUCCUGCCUAUGGCGUCCCACCAAGCGGACGUGGGAUUGGUUGGCGGUCCCAGGGGCGCUUCUCCGCCCCAUGGCGCCGGCGGCAUGGACGUCGACUCCUGCUCCGCCUCUCCCUGCUCCAGCCCUGCCUCCUUCUGCUCGUUCAGCGAAGCCUCACCGCCACCGCUUGGCGGGGCCAUGACCGAGUGA